AUGCGCAUGGUAACUGGCAAUAGCAAGACAGGCUUAUCAAUGAGAGCACGCAGCAAAGAUUUAGAGGAAGCUGAAGGAUGCAAAGAAACGCUCUUGAGCAAAUUUGUAGUAUGUGCCCCACCUAACUUCCUUCAGCUGUUCUCCCUGCUGCAGAGUACUUCCCUUUCCUGUGUGACUUUUCCUCUCCCCAUUCUGUUUCCACAGCAAUCAGGACUUUAUGAGUAUAAAAUCUUUGGUGGUCUUGCUGACUGUCCCCCAAAACUGUGUGCAGAUGUCUAUAUGGAUUUAGAUUUCAGAAAACAAUGGGAUCAGUAUGUUAAAGAACUGUAUGAGAAAACAUAUGAUGGUGAAAAAGUAAUCUACUGGGAAGUGAAGUACCCUUUUCCUCUCUCAAACAGAGAUUAUGUCUAUAUUCGUGAAUGUCGAGAGAUGGAUGUCGAUGGGCGGAAGAUCUGGGUUGCGUUAGCUCAAAGUGUGUCUGUUCCUCAGUGCCCUGAAAAGCCUGGUAUUAUCAGAGUUAAAAGCUAUAAACAAAGUCUGGCAAUUGAAAGUGAUGGCAAGACUGGAUCUAAAGUCUAUAUGUACUAUUUUGAUAAUCCUGGUGGCAUGAUUCCAUCAUGGCUGGUCAAUUGGGCUGCCAAGAGUGGUGUGCCUACUUUCUUGAAGGAUAUGCAAAAAGCUUGCCAUAAUUAUUCUAAGAACACAUAGGUCAAAGUUGAUCUGAAUUGUUUAAUUCCUAGAGCUCUGCACUUACAGGAGUGGCUAUUACAUAUUACACUGGAUAAAAUCUACUAAUAUUGGAAAGAAUUUUAUUUUAGUUGGUUUAUGCCUUGAAUUUUAUUAGAUCUUCUUUUCUAUCUCCAACUGAAGAGCUAGCCACUGACAAGGUAACACCAACA